UGCCACGUCAGACACAGUGCCACGUCAGACAGUGCCACGUGAGCAGUGCCACGUGAGCAGUGCCACAUCAGCAACAUGACCGGCCUGCCAGGCCAAUUGGCCAAUGAGCCCAUUGCCGACUACAAAAAGCGCUUCCAGGCUCAGCUCGCUGCAAUCGAGGCUGAGGAACAAAGCCAGCUGGCAGUCAAGGCUGCCCAGCUACAGGCUGAAGAAGAGGCAACAGCAGAGAAGCUGCGGCUACAGGCCGAAGCAGGCGCAGAUGCCCAGGCUCGCCGCAAGGAAGCCCAGGAUCUGCUGCAGCGGCAUGAAGCCAGCAACAUCGACAGACUCAAGUUCUGGCACUUUGAACCGAACGGCGACGAACCAACACCGGAAGAGAAGCAUAAGGAGUUCAUGGCCAAGCUCGUGACCAGGUUGGUUUAUACUUGUAACCACCUACAGUCCGAGCUGGCGAACCUCCAGCGGGCCGUGCGGAACCAUAAGACUCAGCACGAGGAUGCCACAUGGGCACUGGAUGCCCGUGUACUGGACCUGGAACAGGCUGUCCCAGGACCAGAUGCUGGGGCUUCCAGCAGUGCAUCCUCUAGCCGCCAACUGGAGGAACGCGUUGACCACGUGGUGGCAAUGCUAGGAGACACAAGUGCCUUCACAGAGCCGGCCACCGUCAGCCAGCGGUUCGAGUUGCUGGACACUAAGAUCAGUCAGCAACAGCCGACCGACCACAGCCACAACAACAGCUCGGCAAGGCCAUACAAGAUGCCGACGUUCCGGAUCGAGAAAUUUGAUGACUACACACAUCAAGACCCGGUCGUCUGGUGGCAAGGAUUUACAACGGAGUUGGGAAUCCACGAGGUCCCUGACCAUCUGUUCAUCAGUGCUCUAUUCAUCAACACCAAGGGAGGAUGUCAGAUCUGGCUCAGCCACAUGGCAACCAUCCACGACGUCCAGUUUUCAGACCUGCAUAAGAAGGUCACCUGGGAGGAUAUGACAAAGGAAUGGAAGAAGCGGUUCAUAGUGGAUGACGCACCCGCGCUCGCCAUCAACCGCAUCUUCGCGAUGGCUCAAGGGAGCACACCGACACGUGACUGGCUCACGGAUUGGUCAUGCGCCGCUCUCAGCCUCGCACUUGGUGAUCGCGAGCAGUACAGCACCUUCGCAGAGAUCAUCAACAAGGCGAGAGAGAUCAUCAAGACCAACAGGGCGGCCGCACACGAGAAGUCAAUGUGGCAGCCAACCUAUGUGGAGAAGGUACGAACUGGUCCGCGACAACAGCAGUUCGCUGCAGUCCAAUCGGACAGUGGAGAAGACCCAGCAGCCACUCCAGCAUCAUGUGAGGGAGAUCAGGUGGCUGUUGUCCAGGCGCGAAGCAACAAGCCCCGAGUGAACGGGAAGGCGAAACCAGCAUCGCAGGCCGGAAACGGACAGCCAGCACCACCAUGGGUCAAGUUCGACUUGACCGAGGCCGAGUACAAGUACCGCAACCUUUCGCCGCUAUCUAUCGCCGGGGAUUCAUCGUCGUGGUCAAGACUUGAGGUGCUCGACCCACUGACGUUCACGGACUUCCAGUGGAUGCUCGUUCCCCCGACCGGACGAUUGCCUAAACCGCAUUGCAAUGUGCUCAUGGCACAACUGCGAGAUUACUUGCACACCGCAGUACCCACUCCGUUGAUGGACACCGGAGUAGAGGUUGUCGACCUUCACGCCUACAUUGCGAAGAUCGACCGCGAGUUCAAGACGCAACGCAAACCCCGCAACCGCAAUCCCUAUGGCGAGUUACACCCGAUGCCUAUCCCACAGGAACCCGGUCUCUCCAUUGCCAUGGACGUCAUCGGUCCGUUUCCUCGCGACCGGCUCGGGCACGACGGCAUCCUCACGGUUGUGGACCGAUUGAGUAAGUACACGCGUUUUCUCCCUUGCAAGUACUACUCCACGACUCCCGAGCUGGCACGCCUCCUGCACACUGGUUGGAUUUGUGGCCACGGUGUACCAGAAGACAUUGUCAGCGACCGCGACACUCGUUUCAUGUCGGCGUUUUGGACUGCUCUCAUGCAGGAGUCCGGCACAACAAUGAAACCAAGUUCGGCUCGGCAUCCUCAGACAGACGGGCAGACGGAGCGGGCACAUGAAACCGCUCAAAUGAUGCUUCGUACGCUCAUCCGCCCGGACCAGAAAGAUUGGGUUGACCGCCUCCCCGACAUCGAGUUCGCCUACAACACUUCGGUGCACCCGGCGAUCGGCGUGACUCCAUUCGAGUUGCAGCACGGUGGACGGAAAGGCCGUAUCUUCGCCGACCUUCUCCUCCCUCGACCAGCUGACAUUGACACUGCCUGCUCUACCGCUUCCGUCCGGAAGUACAGGGAAUUGCUGACUCAAGCCCGCGCAAACAUGCAAAAGGCUCAAGUCCGCAUGCAGCAGCAAGCCAACAGGCGUCGCGUACCAUGUCCCAUCCGCGCCGGUGAUCUGGUUUGGGUCUCCACGGAAGAGUUUGCACUGGAACAGGACGUUUCACGCAAACUACUUCCCAAGUGGUUUGGACCUUGGUCUGUGACAGCAGCCGCGGGCGAUGAGCCCAAUGGCCCUUCAUUUGUGAUCAACAUUCCAGAGCAUUUGACGGUCCAUCCGGUCUUCCACGCCUCGAAGCUGGCAACAUACACACCAGCCAAGAGCGACGACUUUCCGGGGCGACGAUCGCAGGACCCUCCUUCUAUGGAUGGCCAUCAGGAAGUUGACCGCGUCAUCACCGAUCGCAAGUACGGCAGCAAGCCGAGGCAGUACAAAGGAUUGGAGAGGGCGAUUGCGGCAGGAGCAAAGGAGAUAGCGGUGUUUGCCUCGGCGUCAGAAGGAUUCAGCUUGCGCAACAUUAACUGCAGCGUCAACGAGUCACUGGAGCGAUACGAACAAGUCUGUAAGGCGGCAAUAGAAGCAGGAAUUGCGGUGAGAGGGUACGUUUCCUGCAUUGCUGGUUGUCCUGUCGAUGGGCCAGUGAAGCCGCAGCAAGUCGCACGUGUCGCCAAAGCGCUGUACGACAUGGGAUGUUAUGAGGUUUCGCUGGGAGACACCAUUGGUGUUGGAACGCCAGGAACAAUCUCAAAGGUGUUGGAAGCUGUCUUGGAUGUGAUUCCUGUGGAGCGCGUUGCGGUACAUAUGCAUGACACUUACGGCCACGCGCUCGCCAACAUACUUGUUGCAUUGCAGGCUGGUGUCAGUGUCGUUGACUCAUCAGUGGCAGGGCUUGGCGGUUGUCCUUACGCAGAGGGUGCAACGGGAAAUGUGCCAACCGAAGACGUUCUGAUGUUGCUUAGUUGUCUUGGGAUCGAGACGGGUGUCGAUCUGCGAUCCAUUCUCGAAACAGGAAGGUUCAUCUCAGAUCGUCUGGGCCGUCCGAGUACGUCGCGAACUGCGCUGGCACUUCUGCCACAAAAAUCGCCAACGACAGCGAGCAGCGGUGACUGCCAACAUUUUCUCCGAGCAUCGAAAAUGGCAUGUGGCGAUGACGCCAACUUCCUAGGAAGCAGCACUGGCACCAGACGGCCUAACACUCCGGUAUCUAGUACAGUGAGCAGCGGCUGUGACUGCGAUCUUCGGUUGCAAUCGUCGACGAAAACGGCUUGGCGAGACGAUCCGAAGUUCCUUGAACGUGUUGCCAGCGCCCGCCAAUCGAAAGCUCUGAUAUGUAGCAUCCUGCGUGCUGCGACGGGGAGUACAGAUACGUGUACGUCGCUGCCGCCGCAACAGUUACAAAUUGGGUCGCCGAAAUCUGAUGCUCAUUCGUUCGCAGAGGGCAAGCCUCCAAGUUGUCAUGCUGCUUUGAAAUUCAGAAGUUUGGAAAGGAGGAGAGAAAAGAAAGAGGGGAAAACACAGUGCUGUAAAUACAGUUCAUUUGCCGUAGAAGAGCCGAGGACACCCUAGCAGUACGAAAGGGGACCUUCAAAGAUUGUUCCCAAAUUGUCCUAAUCCUGGAGAGAGCAGAAUGCAAGCGCGUCGCCAAGCGAGAGGUGAGGAGGCCAAAAAAAAAGGAGAACCUCAACUGUUUCAUUUUUCAUCUAAUCUAAUAAAUUAAUAAUAGGCGUUACGGCGUGGUUCAGACGUGGUCCAAACCUUGCCAAAAGGCCUUGCAGCGAGCCAAGGAUGAGUUCUAAUCUGGGAGAGAGGGCAUCGCAACUGUGUUGUGAAGGUAGGCAGCACCGCUAACUCUGGCAAAGCCACAAAUGUACCAACUCAUCCGCUGUGUAGUAGUCCUUAGGACUAGGUAAGGACCAGGCUAGGUGCAGUUUCAGUUUGGACCAGGUACGUACCAGGCUAGGUGUAGUUUCAGUUUGGACCAGGUAAGGACCCCUCACAAGGCUAGGUGCAGUUAGGACCAGGUAAGGACCAGGCUAGGUGCAGGCAGUUUCAGUUUGGACCAGGUGAGGACCAGGCUCACUGCAGUUUCAGUUAGGACCAGGUAAGGACCAGGCUGGUUGCAGCUCUAAUCAUGUAGUCCUUAACGCAAUGACAUCACCAAGCUAGGUGAGGGUGAAAGGGAUGAACUCGAACUGUUUGUGUAGGCGUUAUGACCUGGUCCUAAGCUGGUCCUAACUGCACCGAACCUGGUCCAAACCUGCUCCCAACCGGUCCUAACCUGGUCCAAAAGUGGUCCAAACUCGGUCCAAACCUGGUCCAAACCUGGUCCAAAAGUGGUCCAAACCUGGUCCAAACCUGGUCCAAACCUGGUCCAAACCUGGUCCCAACCUGGUCCAAACGUGGUCCAAACGUGGUCCAAACCUGGUCUUGGCCUUGCGAGCAUCCAGAGAUGAGUUGAAAUACUGGAGAGAGCAUAGCACAAUCAGGUCACCAAGCUAGGGCAAGCCGAAAGGGGAGAAACUCGAUUAUUUGUAGGAGUUGCUGGGCUAUUAUAGGGCUACUGAAUGGCUAUUUUAGUGUCAGUUAUGGCUAUCCUAGGGCUAUUUCAGGGCUAGUCUAGUGGCAUAGGAUGACUUUGCUGCAAAUGCAGAGAAGCCUCAUGUUAUUGUAGAGCUAUCGUGGCCCUGAAUAGCCAUGCUUUGCUCUCUGGCACAGGGCAGUAAAACCCAGUGGUACCAAAAUGUCCCAGAUUGGACCCGAUGGUAUCGAUGUCCUGGGCUAUAUUUGCUGAACUAUACUGGCCCAGACUAUAGAUGGUGUGGCUUUGUUUAUCUAUGUUGGUCGAUCAUUGGCUAGGCUUUGCAUAGCUGGGCAUGCAUGUAUAGUUGUCGGUUGUUGGCUCGGCGUCCCAUAGCUGGGAAGGUGUGAACUGUGCAUCGUGUGGGUAUGUUGUACAAUCUUUAUUGCUCGAGGGGCAGGCAUUCAAUAUGCCAUGUUGCCCAUGUAUAUUACUAAGCAGUGCUAGGUCUGACUAUGUUUCGCCGACUAUUUUAUAGACUAUGCCAUGCUAUACUGGGAUAUGCUUUUGCCGGACUUUGAUUUUGUUACUUGGCUAUCUCAUCGCAGUAGCUGGGCUGUAGUGUGGAGAACUGAGUUGUGCUGGUUUUUGCUGAGCUUUGCCGUGCCUUUCCAGGCUCUGCACGGACGGCUAUGCUAUGUCAGCCUCGGCCUAAGCUAUUCUCUAUUGCGCUUUGCUUGUAUAGACAAUGACACUAUGUCGUGCUCUACUGGUCUAUAUGCUAUCUGGGCCUCCCCCCCCAAGCUAUUCUCCGCUGCACUGGGCUCUGCUUUGCGGACUACGACUACGUUCCUCGGAUAUGCUAUGUGGGCCUCUGCCUAAGCUAUUUUCUCUUACACUUUGCUCAUAUAGGCUAUGCCGUGCUAUGCUGGGCCAUGCUUUGCCGGACUUUGACUUCUAAUGUUACUUGGCUAUGCUGCACUUUGUCUUUAUAGACUAUAUGUCAUGCUAUGCUGGGCUAUGCUGGGCUAUGCUGGGCUAUGCUUUGCGGAACUUUGACUAUGUUUCUCGGCUAUGCUAUGCUGGCCUCUGCCUCACCUAUUCUCUGCUGUACCUUGCCUUUAUAGGCUAUGCCAUGCUAUGCUGGGCUAUGCUGGGCUAUGCUGGGCUAUGCUGGGCUAAACUUUGCUGAACUUUGACUAUGUUUCUGGGCUAUGCUAUGUGGGCCCUCAAGCAAUAAAGAUUGCCAUGGGGGUAGGUACUUGUGCGUCUCGUCCUCUUCUUCUCAUCAAUGUUGAUUCAAUAAAAAAGCCAUAGCAGUAGUGAUUGUCACUGAUUGGCAUCCGAGGUGAGAGUCCGGAUGAGCCUUGUGUCGAAUCGGUGGGAAGCGAUCACCCAAUCGCCACGUCCACUCGGAGCUCAAGUAUUGGUACUACUACUACUACUACAUGACUUCUAUUCCGUCCGCGAUGGUAUGGCAGCAAAGAGCCUUUCUGUCGAACAAAGCCGCUUACGUCAC